AUGGGCACACUUGCCUGGUCGCUUAUAGUGGUUGCAGCAAGUCGCCGACCCCGAGAUUUUGCGUGGCUCAAGCGCGCCGAGCGAGCGAUGCGCGAGGAAGAGGAGGACAGUGUUACCGGUGGCUUUGGACAAGACGUCACCGAAAGCAAGGACGACAGCGAUCAGCAGCAGCCCUGGAACAACGAGCUCCCGCCGCCGACGCGCAACGUUCUGCUGCAGGCACGACCGCGAGUGUUCGCCGCCUUCCAGUUGCUGACGCUGGCGGCCGUAGCCGCGUACGCCUACUGGAACCCCAAAACCCGGUUGUGGCCCCUGCACUUGAGCUGCGCCAGCCUGGAAUGCUUCAACGUGCAAGCCGAGCUGCACUCCUCCAUGGACCUGAGCGCCGAACCGUGCGACAACUUCUACCAGUACGUGUGCGGAAACUGGGCCCAGGGCCACUCGCGAUACCAGGACCAGUUCCGCUACCUCGAGGCGAAGGUGUACAUGAAGGCGAACGACAGGCUACGCGAGCGUUUCGAGCACCUGCUGGAGCCGAGCAAGCCCCUGAGCACGUCCGACAAGGCCGUGCUGAGCUACGUUGCCUGCGCCGAGGUGCUACAUCGGAGAAUUGACGCUCCCUGGCUAAUCGACAGCUUGCUCUUCUUGGGAAAAGACAAGCCGGGUCACUUCCUCACCACUUCCGGAAGCGAGAACGCUUCGGCCGAGGCGCUCGCCACUCUGAUCUCGCUGGCCAUGGACUAUGACCUGGACGUGCUGUUCGAGGUUGUCCUCAAUGUGGAUUCCAAGUCUGAGAGCCGGAGUGUGGUGAGCGUGGGCCACAGUGCGUCCCUGCUGCGCUGGAAGCGGCACCGGGAGCGCUACCUUACGGCCGAGUCGACGGCUCGCUGCGUGCACCAGUUCGUGAGCGUGAUGUCGUGCGACUGCAACCUGGAACCGGGCCUGACCGCCGCGUUGGUCGCCAUGGAUGCCCUGGUUACCGCCAAGAUGGCGGUCUCCGCUGCUACGUCCGCCGGAAGAGGCGCCCGCUUCCGGUUCCGCGACAUUCCUUCCAACCACGCUGGCGUCUGGCUGCGCGCGGUUCGUGACAACCUGCAGGCGGCAGUCAUGGACGGCGAUAAAGACGACGGGAACGACAAUGAGCCCACCCCAAAGCCUUCGGGCACCGAACGACUCGGCGGCCGCCAACCCUGGAACCUGACCGGCGACAGCAUGUUGUACGCGACCGACCCGAGGCUGUUCGGCCUGGUAGACGAGACGCUCACCCUGCACCCGGAGUCACAUGUGCGCUUUUACGUCGCCUUCCAGGUCAACGAAAACUUCCUAUUUGCCACCACAUAUUGA